AUGAGCAGCAUUCUGUUCGGCUUAGACGAAGACAUCGUCGAGGACCUCGAUAGUGACGACUUCUCUAAUAUCGACCCUGCCCUUUUGGCCAUGGAUGAGAACAACCUUCUGGCGAUAGAUUUAGAUGGCGAAGAACAAUCGGUUGAGGCGACACUUGGUAACGAAGAGGACGAAGAGGUGGUAGAUGCAGCAGAGGAUACAGUGACACCGUGGCUAGACAAUGUCCACUCCUCGAUGCAGUCGAUUCGCCUCCAUGGAAUUAGCCGGAAUACCCAAGACUGUUUUGAUGCAUAUGUCGCUGAGACCCAGUCACAGUCACUACGCCCACGCCCACGAAGAGACAACAGUGGCCAUAACAGGACAUAUGUCGAUCCUACGUUAUGCAACCAGAUGCUUGCUGUCUUCGACUCGGAUAGGAACGAGGCUGAGUUGGCUUUAGGACUCGGGUCAUUCUUCAAGAUUGUCCAUCCGAUCGAUCGAUUCUUCCCCGGCUAG